AUGUUCGCCCGUGUCCUUUCCGCAGUGGCUCUUCCUAUGCUGGUCUCUGCUGGCUCCAGCUUGCGGGGCAGCGAGUUUCAAUGCUCCGGUGAUGGGAGCCUCCCCGAGGGCCCUGUUUGCUUUGGCGGCACCUUGCUCACGCAAACCUUCGCCAUCCAUGUGGUGAGCCAUGACGGAGCAGUCGGCAUUGUGGACAUGAAGGCAGAGGGCCCGCAGUCUGCAGAAUGUCAAGGGGCCCAGUUUCAGAACGACGCCAAUGUCAUCACAAUCGAAAACGAUCAUGGUUGUGGCUUGUCCAACUACGAGUACUCGGUCGCAUAUUGCCCCAACCAGGACAGCUUGGUAGUCAACCUCGUCAAGCCCUUCACCGUUCGUAUGACGCUUGACCGGCAGGCCUGUCCCGAGGCUGGGGAGGCUUUGGCGAACGCACCCGUAUGCCAGUACCUGGCCGACCGCGAGCCACAAUCCAUCAAGCCGUUGCAAAACCUUGUGACGUCUAACCUGGUGUGCAUGGCAGGUGUGCCUCUUCUGCCAUCGCAGAAGGGUGUGCAGAGGGGGCCAGGCCGAAGCAUGUGGCUGAAGCGGGACUGGGGCCUCGCCACAGUGUGCUACGGUGGGUCGCUCUUGACGGAGACGUUCUCCAUCCACGUUGUGAGCCACGAUGGCGAGGUUGGCAUCGUCGACAUGAAGGCUGUGGGCCCACAAGCCGGCGAGUGCGAAGGCGCUAACUUCGAGAACAACCAGAACGUCAUCACCAUCGAAAACGACAACGGCUGUGGCUUGGCCAAGUACGACUACUCCGUUGAAUACUGCCCGGACCAGGACAAUCUCAUCAUCACCAUGGCCAAGCCCUACAACGUGGCAGUGGUCCUGACGAGCCAAGCCUGCCCAGCAGCCGGGGAGGUGUAA